AUACACUGCAAACCGGCUGUCGGCUACAUUCUGUGUUUGAUGCUGGAUCUGUCAUCUUUUCGACAGUCUGUCGUGUGACAUCGAAAGAAAAUCCUCCUAAAAUUGUACAUAAUUUUUUUAUACCGAAAACCUAAUACCACAACAGACUAAACAUGUGUGACGAGGAAGUUGCUGCACUCGUAGUUGACAAUGGCUCCGGUAUGUGCAAAGCCGGAUUUGCCGGCGAUGAUGCACCCCGUGCCGUCUUCCCCUCAAUUGUGGGAAGGCCACGCCACCAGGGUGUUAUGGUUGGCAUGGGACAGAAAGACUCAUACGUUGGUGACGAAGCUCAGUCCAAAAGAGGUAUCCUCACCUUGAAAUAUCCCAUCGAACACGGAAUCGUCACCAACUGGGAUGACAUGGAGAAGAUCUGGCACCACACCUUCUACAAUGAGCUCCGAGUUGCCCCAGAAGAACACCCAGUCCUUCUCACCGAAGCUCCCUUGAACCCAAAGGCCAACCGAGAAAAGAUGACCCAGAUCAUGUUCGAGACCUUCAACACGCCCGCCAUGUAUGUCGCCAUCCAGGCCGUACUCUCGCUCUACGCUUCCGGUCGUACCACCGGUAUUGUCCUCGACUCCGGAGAUGGUGUCUCUCACACUGUACCAAUCUACGAGGGAUAUGCUCUUCCCCACGCUAUUCUCCGUCUCGACUUGGCUGGACGUGACCUUACAGACUACCUCAUGAAGAUCCUCACCGAGAGAGGGUACUCCUUCACCACCACCGCUGAACGUGAAAUUGUCCGUGACAUCAAGGAGAAGCUCUGCUACGUCGCCCUAGACUUCGAACAGGAAAUGGCCACCGCUGCAUCCUCCUCCAGUCUCGAGAAGAGCUACGAACUCCCUGACGGUCAGGUCAUCACCAUCGGAAAUGAGAGAUUCCGUUGUCCCGAGGCUCUAUUCCAACCAUCCUUCUUGGGUAUGGAGGCUUGCGGAAUCCACGAGACCACAUACAAUUCCAUAAUGAAGUGCGAUGUUGACAUCCGUAAGGACUUGUAUGCCAACACUGUGCUCUCCGGGGGUACCACGAUGUACCCAGGAAUCGCCGACAGGAUGCAGAAGGAGAUCACUGCCCUUGCCCCAUCCACCAUGAAGAUCAAGAUCAUCGCACCACCAGAGAGGAAAUAUUCCGUCUGGAUCGGAGGAUCCAUCCUCGCCUCUCUCUCGACAUUCCAACAGAUGUGGAUCUCCAAGCAGGAGUACGACGAGUCCGGCCCCUCAAUCGUCCACAGGAAGUGCUUCUAAGCGCCGAGUCGCUAAUUUUUCUCGCAUUUUUCACAUUCCCUGACCCCGAGAGCAGCCUCUGCAUCGCUACUUGAAAGGCGGACGCAAGAUCAACUUCCGCGGUGUCCCUCUGGUCUCUCCGGGAUGAAGGUAGCUUCUUUCGAAUCGGAUAAACACGCAUGGAACACGGUUGUUGCAGAGGCAUCGCAUCCUAACGAUCGACAGUGCUCUUUUCAUUUUUCAUAUCGUUUAACGAGACACAUUGUAUCUUUAAAAUAAAAGGAGUCGCGACUCCUAGACUCCACUUUUUGAAUCGUACCAAGAUCUUUGUAUGAAAUAAUAUUUAGAGUAACAAUUGGCAGCCUUGUGGUUGUUAGUGUUCGGUCAGCCGGGAUGCUUUUAAAACGCAAAUCUGCUGCCUCGGUUGUAGACAUUAUGGGCACCUGACUUAUUAAUGAUUUCUUAUUUUAUACGGUUACCGAUAUUUACGGAGAGAAAGGAGAAAGCUUUUUUUUCUUAAGAACGAUAGGGGGAGACCACCGACUCGAAAGUCCCACAAACGCUCGCUCAAACGAACAAGAAAAGACACGGUUGUUUCGACCCCGCAAGCGUAGCCAAAGUAUUAUAAUUUAUUCCCAUUGUAUUGUGCAAGACCACUCACGUACACGACGCAAAGACUACUUUAGACUUAUGGGAUAAUAAAAUAAAAAAAUCUUAAAAACAUGAUUAUCGUGACUCUUGUGUUUCUUGGGAUCACAGCACCGCCCGCACCCCUUUCCUUAUCGCAAGGCCCUUUUUUGCUAUCAUACACUUACCUUCGUCACAUAGUCAUUCGAUUUUUUUAAGUAUAUCAACAAGAUGAAUAGAUAUUACAUUAUUGCGCAAAAGGGAAUCACUACUGGCAUUUGUGAUUAGUCUCAUUUUAGCCUCGCUCUUUUUUUAGGCGCGUCAUAUCCCUUUAUACCGUUCCAUGUCAUUAAUUAUUGUAAUCUAAAGCUUGUGGAAAAAUACAAUAAUUAUUCUAAGGACUAGGUUUAUACUUUUAAUUCAAUAAAAUUAUUUUCAACGAA